AUGGCUGGAUCGCACAAAGAAACAAUUGAACAACUUAUGGAAGCAAUUAAUGCUCGUCAUGUUAAUCAUUUGGAUAAAAGUCUUGAAGAUAAUGCUGUAAAAACUGCUAAUUCAAAAACUUGUUAUACAAAUAUACAAGAAGCUCGAGAAUAUUAUUCAAUGGAACAUGAAGCUAAUCCAUCAGCUCAAUGGAAACUUAUUAAUUAUCAACAAGAUAAUCAAAAUAAUAAUAAAGGACAAGGAACAGUUUCUCACGGUAAUCAUACAUAUGAUACAGCAUAUACAUUCAGUUCAUCAGGAAAAAUUCAAAAAAUUGAAGCUCAUCUUCAACAACAAGAUUAA